UAUUGUUCUUCGUCUCCUUUCCCUUCCGAUCGUCUCUCUCGGUCGCUCGCUGCUGCGAAAUCGCCUGGACGAGGAGACGAAAAAUUGCGGAGAACCCCCUCGCCUCCAGGGAGGGAGAUGGAAACCCUAGAAGCCCAAGACGAUGGAGCUCCAGCUCCGAAUCCGAAGCCACCGGAGCCCGAAACCCUAGAUCCUUGUCCGGCUCAGCGGCGGCGAAGGGCGGAACCUAGGGCUUCGCGAACCGGAGGCCGCGGCCAUGCUAAGGUUUCAUCUGAGCCCGUGGAGAGCCCAUCGGUGGAAACCCUAGUUUCCUCUGAUUCGAGCUCCAAGGAGAACCCAUUUCGUGCUGGGGAUUUGGUUUGGGGCAAGAUCAAGGGGCAUCAAUGGUGGCCGGGGAAGGUCGUCGAUCCUUCAGAGCAACACGGUUCAAUGGACCACCAAGAGGAGGAUCGGAGUGUUCUCGUCGCUUUCUUCGGCGGCGGCGGUGGCGGCUUCGUGCGGUGUGAGCAAUCGCAGCUCAGGCCCUUCAAAGAGGGAUUUAAUCAGAUGGUGAAGCAUAGUAGCUCCAGUAGCUUUGUCCGUGCUGUGAAAGAUGCUUUAAAUGAAGUGAGGAAGUUUUUGGACUCGGAAUUCGCUUGUUACUGUGUAGUGGAAAAAGACCCAGCUAAGGAUUCGAUGGAAAAGAGGCAUUUUGAUGAGAAAUAUGGAGUUAGCAAUGGAGUCGGGGCACUGUCAAUCACUAAUUGCUCACCUCGGCAAUUCCUCGAGCACCUUCGUGAAACUGCUCGAGAUGUUUUGGUAGCUAAUAUGCUUGAAGUGACCAUGUUCUUGAGUUGGGCUGCAGCUAUUAAGCGUUCAAAUUGUUGCUCUGUUCACUUUGGGGAAGUGUAUGCAGACCAAGUAGACGAGUGUGAGCCCAACGGGUUCGGAGAUGCGGAUAAGAACAAAGUCGAAGAAGGUUGCCAAGUUCUCAAGCAUAGGUUGGUGAAAGGACCAGAUAUAUCGAAGGAGUCGAACCGAAAGAAAGAGAGGAGCAUUGCAGAGCUCAUUGGAGUAACUGACAGUGUUAAAGCAGAGAUCCAUGAUGAUCAAGAAGAGAAAGAGAACAUCAGCUUGAGUAGGAUGGAUAGGUCGUUAUCUUCAUCUCGGAAGAGGAAAAAGAGGGCUGAGACUGAUAAGAGUUCCAAUGUGGAGAAUGGUGGUCUUUUGUCUGCCGAGGAAAUGAGCUCGGAUAGACGAGAGCGUAAGAAGAGCAAAUACCUGUUGCCUCCCUUCACUUUUCUAGGCGGGCACAGCAAGCGCCCUCUAUAUACUACUGCAGCCGAAGAUGGAAUGCUGGAGAAUGAAAUAGAAACUCCUCAAGCUACGCCUCCUGUGUCCCCAUCAAGCUCUUUGAAGCAGGGCAGUAAGACUGCUCAUUUACCGGUAGAUGACGACGAUUCUGUUGAGAAGAUAUUAUAUGAGUUUCUUGCUGCGGCAAGCGAUCAUCUUCAUCUGAAAAGGAACCAUUCAGUGAGACCGGUGAAGUACUUCUUCGACAAAUUUAGGAGCUAUGCAUACACCGAAGGUUCAGAAUUUGAGAGCUACAAACACGUCCUUGAUGGUGCGGAGAUUAUAGAUACGAAAUCAGCUAAGAAAGACAUGGGUGAUGGGUCUCGGAAAGGUAAAUCUUCAGGAAGAAGGAUCAAGAAGAAGGCUGAAGCAAAUGGAAAUACAUCAUUGGAGCAAAGCAGCGAUAUGAAUACCAUUGGGAAGGAUAAAGAGGCCUUUGUUGAGACCCGCUUGGUGUUAGAUCUUAAUCAUGUAAAUGGUCCCGAAGAAGUUAAGCCUAGGCGUAAGAGGCGAACAAAAAAGAGUGAUGCUGUAGGUUGUGAUGCCGGAGGUGAACCCCUAAUGGAUUUGAUGCUUGAUUCCAUCAAUCCUCUUAAGAAAGCUAUCCUUCAGAAUAAGGCAAGUAGAAGCAAGAGCGUAGACAAUGAUAAUUCUCCAUUUCUCAAAGGCCACAAACUCAUUUAUCAAUCCGAAACUAGUAAUGCUGAUAAGAAAAAGAGUCGGAAAGCAGCGAAUGGCGAAAGUGUAGUGACUCCAGUCCAAGUACAUGCCAAUGGUCCAGAAGAGAGUAGACCAAGGCAGAAGAAGGAGAAGGUAGAGGGAACUGAGCACAGGAAUGUGAGUUCCGUACCGAAUUCCCCUACUGCGAAGACCCCGCUUCCAUACAUAAAGAGGAGCCUCGAGAAGAUGAUAUCCAAGUUGCAUGGAUCCACUGCCCAUGAGAAAGAGUCCGGGCGUACAAUGCGGUUGAGGCCGGAAGUAGAAAUGAAUCUACUGGGUGAGAUGGAGUGCAUGCUGGAAAAGGUUAACAAGUUGCUCACUGAACCUUGUGCUGGUACUCAUGUUUAAUUAUUUACCUGAGUCUCUUAUAUGCUUUCUAAUUAGAAGUACAUACUUUUGGAAUAGAUAUGUAAAUUUGCUUGAGAAUGUUUUCUCUUCUUGUUGGCCAGCAAUAUAGUUCCAUAUACAGAUAAUUUGCACCCA